AUGCAUCUUAUUGUUUUCUUGAAAUUAUCAGCUUUAGAAAGCAUCAAUGGUUCUGGUUUUUCUCCAUCUUAUUUCUUGUGGCAUAACAUAUGGGGCAGCAGUUCUCGUUCCGGCUUUUUUAAUUGUAACCUUCAGCAACAUGUUAUCGAGAAAAGGGUCAAAAAUUUAAGGAUCAGCUGGCGACAUCAGAUUCCAUUUACUCCUUCUUUCGCAUCCGGCGUUCACAGCAUAGAUUUGGACCCAGUAGAUAAUCGAUAUUUGCUAUGUGGUGCGAGCCGUGGAGAAAUGUCUAUUGUGGAUUUGGAAAUGCCAUUACUAGCAGAUAGCAGAAAACGGGUAGAACAUGCCGUUAUUCCAUGCCGUCCAUCAAGAGGUCAACAUCAAUCCUUCAUAACAUACUGUCAGUGGUAUCCGCAAGACACAAGUUUGUUUAUAUCUUCAGAUAAAGAAGGAAAAGUUAAACUAUGGGAUGCAAACAAAUCUGAAAUAGUUGAUGAAUACGAAUUUGAUGAUGGAAUAACAGAAAUGCAUUGGUGCAAUGCUGUUUCACAAAAUCCACGGAUCGCUGUAACAACUUUGGCUUCAAACGUUGCGUUAAUUGAUCCAAGGCAGAUCUUAUUCACUUUUGAAACUGGUGAUUCGUCUCAAAAUCUAAGAUGGCAAAAUGAGCACAUUUCAUCACUCAGAUGGUCUGUAGAAGAUGAAAAUAUGUUAGCUACUGGUGCUGUCAGCGGCAAAAUCGCAAUUUGGGAUGUUAGAAGUUCAAAGAACUACUUGAUAUCUGCUACACCGUCCAUUAAGAAUCAUUGUUAUGGUGAUAGCAAACUUAGAACUUGCAUUGGCGGCAUAAGAUUUUCUCAAGAUGGGUUGUUCCUAGUUUGCUUAUCACUGAAUCAUACUUUUACUAUUUUGAGAGCUCAAACUAUGAAGGCAAUUAACCAAGUUUCGUUGCCUAACGAAUGUAACACGAAUGUUGCUUCAUCUGUCCGUUUUGACAUUUUCUCGGAUGACAGAGUUUUACGGGCUUGUACGCCUGUUAGUGAUGAAGUUCUAGUUAUGACUUUAGACAGUAAUGUCAAAGAAAACUUCCGUGUUCUUCUUGUGGGUCAUUUUCAGCGAGUAAAUGCAUGCAUUUACCGACGAAAGCAUCAGCAGGUUAAUAAUAUUUUGAGUCAAAAUUCUGUUGGAGCUCAGGUUAUCAGUUCUGGAAAUGAUCGAAUGAUACACAUUUGGAGCCCAGAUAUGGAUGAGCAACUUCCCGAUCAGGAGUAUGAUAAAAUCUCGACUCUGCGAAGUGAUCGAUGGAGUGAUGACGAAAACAGACCAGGACCUAGCUAUAUGUUAUGA